CCUCUUCUUCCUCCUCCUCCUCCUCUUCCUCGACGCCGCCUCAGCUCCUCUUCCUCUGCAGGUGGAUGGAGGCUGGAAGCCCCGGAGACACGAGCCAUGUCUGGGAUCCGCUGCUGUCAGACUGCUGAGCACCCACCUUCUCGCCGUGGACCCCAUCCUCAAAUGACCCGAGGCUGAGGAGCCUUGAGUCCGGAUCCACUGGCCGGAUCAUGGCAUGCUGCUCACACCGGGCAUCCAUCACUGACCAUGGGGCUCCGGUCCAGGACCGUCGCUAGCGGCUCGGAGGAGCAGAAGAAUCCGCCCGGUGCUGCUGCUCCCGGGGACCUGCUGGACCAAGGCACCGGGGCAGCGGACCGGGAUGGCGCCCUGCUGUUGGUGGCGCCGGGCCGGGAGGACUUCAAGCGGGGCUCCCAGGGCAUCGGCAUCGGGCUGCUGGCCAAGACCCCGCUGAACUACACGCGGCCGGCCAAGAGGAAUAACAUCCGCAGGAGGAGGAUCCAGAACCUGAUCUACGACGCUCUGGAGAGGCCGAGGGGCUGGGCGCUGCUCUACCACGCGUUCGUGUUCUUAAUCGUCCUGGGAUGUUUGAUUCUGGCCAUUCUGACAACUUUCAAGGAACAUGAGAAGGCGUCUGCACACUGGCUGGUUAUUCUGGAAACCUUCGCCAUCUUACUCUUCGGAGCGGAGUUUGCACUGAGGGUCUGGGCGGCAGGAUGCUGCUGCCGCUACAAAGGAUGGAGGGGACGGCUGAAGUUCGCCCGCAAGCCUCUGUGCAUCUUAGACAUCUUCGUGCUGAUUGCCUCGGUGCCGGUGGUGGCCGUGAGGAACCAGGGCAACGUGUUGGCCACGUCCCUGCGCAGCCUGCGCUUCCUGCAGAUCCUCAGGAUGCUGCGCAUGGACCGGAGGGGGGGCACCUGGAAACUGCUGGGCUCUGCCAUCUACGCCCACAGUAAGGAACUGAUCACAGCCUGGUACAUCGGCUUCCUGUCUCUGAUCCUGGCGUCUUUCCUGGUCUACCUGGUGGAGAAGGACGAUGUCUCCAUGGACGUGUCCAAUCAGGACAACCCCACCGCUCAGCCCAGGCAGCAAGACUUCGACACCUACGCGGACGCUCUGUGGUGGGGGCUGAUCACUCUCACCACCAUCGGAUACGGAGACAAAACCCCGAAGACGUGGGCUGGGAGGCUGCUGGCCGGGACCUUCGCCCUGAUCGGCGUGUCCUUCUUCGCUCUGCCUGCAGGGAUUCUGGGAUCAGGUCUGGCUCUGAAGGUCCAGGAGCAGCACAGACAGAAGCACUUUGAGAAGCGCAGGCAUCCGGCCGCCGGCCUCAUCCAGUCUGCCUGGAGAUAUUAUUCCACCAAUCCGGUCAGAGACGACCUCAUCGCCACCUGGAGGUUCUACGAAACAAUCAUUUCUCUUCCCUGUUUCAGGAAGGACCACCUGGAGGCCAUGGCGAGCCAGAAGCUGAGUUUACUGGAGCGCGUUCGCCUUCCCAAUGCCAGACCAUCAUCGGGGGGGCCGGGCAGGAGGCUCACAGUACACAGCGACUCCAUCGAGGAGAGCCCGUCCAAGGAGCCCAAACCCGCCGGCUUCAGUAACCGGGAACGCUUCCGCACCGCAUUUCGAAUGAAGGCCUACACACUGCGUCAGGGCUCUGAAGACUCCGGAGGUCUGGCAGAUCCAGCCUUAGAGGAGCGGGGCUUCCCUCCGGACAUCCUCCUGGAGGAGAUGAUCCCCACGCUGAAGCUGGUCAUCAGGGCUCUAAGGAUCAUGCAGUUCCUCCUGAACAAGAAGCGGUUUAAGGAAACUCUGAGGCCUUAUGAUGUCAAAGACGUGAUCGAGCAGUAUUCUGCCGGGCACCUGGACAUGCUCUGCAGAAUCAAAUACCUCCAGACCAGGAUCGACAUGAUUCUGGCCCCUGGACCCCCCCUCACCCCGAAACACAAGAAAACUCAGAAAACGCCCUUUGCCUAUCCGCCCAAUCAGUCGCCCAGGAACGAGUCCUUCAUCACCAAAGCUGCCUCCAUGCCGGACGCCGACGACCAGAGCAUGAUGGGUCGAUUUGUCCGAGUGGAACGACAGGUGGAGGACAUGGAGAAGAAGUUGGACUUCCUGGUGGACAUGCACAUCCAGCACACUGAGCUCCUGCAGGUGGACUCUGCCGGCGCCGCCCACAUGACCCUGGAGACCUGUGACCCCACAGGGACCGGUCCGAUCAGACGGGUGUUCUUCAACUACGAGCAGGCGUUUCCACACAUGUCGUACAAGGGGAAUCCGUACUGUGGCCGGGGUGGAAGAGGAGGCGGAGAGGGGAGGGGGUCAGCAGGAGGAGCCUGUGUACCUCCAGAUCAUCAACCCCCGACGUCCCACCUCUACCAGCGCAACCCCCCAGCUGCCAUCCCCACCUACGCUGAGCGGCCCACGGUGUUGCCCAUCAGCUCCUUGCAGGACUUGUCCGUGGGGCUGGGCAGGACCACAGGGGGGCGGGGGGCGGACUCCCCUCUCUCGAUGCUGUCGGUGAACCACGAGGAGCUGGAGCGCUCGCCCAGCGGGUUCAGCAUCUCUGGGGAGCGAGAGGGGGAGGACGGAGAGGAUCUGUCCACGGGGGGAAGGACGAGACCCAGGCCCAGCUACCUGGCGGAGGGGGAAACUGACUCUGAAACGGACCCCUUCACUCCCAGCGGGGGGCCCCUGCCCCUCUCCUCCACGGGGGAGGGGUUUGGGGACGCUGUGUGGAACACGCCACCCUGAGGGAUUUGACAGACUUCACAGAAAUCCAAGACUCUGAGUUAAGACCUUGAAUCAAACCCAUGCCUCUAAACCCAAAUCAGUUUGGGUCAAAUCUCUGGAUCGACUUGCAGGUGGGUUGAUCCUCUGCUGCUGCAAGGUCGAGGUCAAGGUCAUCGACCCUCAGAGGCCACAGACGAUCUCAUCCACCGACCCCAGCACCGACAGAGCCAUGGCCUCCAGACUGCCCAGAGACAAAGGGAAACCUGACCGUUUGUAAAGUUCAACCCUGUACAGCGCACUCUUCACAAAGAUUUAGCUAAAUUAAAAAGAACAUUAAUAUACAAACUAUAUACACCCAAAGCUUUAUCGCUGCAAAGCCAACCGCACUGCAUGAAACGCAUGCAACUUCUAGUGUAGUUCAAAGUUCAGGUCAUCAGGAAACGGAAAGGAGAUGGAAUGGGUACAUAUACUUGCUAUGCCAUUUUGUAACACUUAUUUUUUAUAUGACAACAUUUUCAUUGUGUUUUGCAUGGUUUGC